AUGAACCGAUUCAUUCUCGUGGCAUUGCUAGCGGUAGUCGUCGCCGUCAACUCGGCGAAACUCUCGAAACAAAUCGAGGCGGCUAUCGAGAAGUGGGACGACUACAAGGAGGAUUACGAGAAGGACUACACUGGAGACGAUGAGCAAGUCUAUAUGGAAGCCUUCGUCAAGAACGUCAUCCACAUCGACAAUCACAAUCGUGACCACAGACUUGGCAGAAAAACUUUCGAGAUGGGAUUGAACCAUAUCGCUGACUUGCCAUUCUCCCAAUACCGCAAGCUCAACGGAUACAGAAGACUCUACGGAGACUCCAGAAUCAAGAACUCUUCCAGCUUCUUGGCUCCAUUCAAUGUUCAGGUCCCAGAUGAGGUCGACUGGCGUGACACCCAUCUCGUCACCGAUGUCAAGAACCAAGGAAUGUGUGGAUCGUGCUGGGCGUUCUCCGCCACCGGAGCACUCGAAGGACAACACGCUCGCAAGCUUGGAAAGCUCGUCUCGCUCUCCGAACAGAAUCUCGUCGACUGCUCCACCAAGUACGGAAACCACGGAUGCAACGGAGGACUUAUGGACCAGGCCUUUGAGUACAUUCGUGACAACCACGGUGUUGAUACCGAGGACUCGUACCCAUACAAGGGACGUGACAUGAAGUGCCACUUCAACAAGAAGGACGUUGGAGCUGAUGACAAGGGAUACACUGAUCUUCCAGAAGGAGAUGAGGAGCAACUCAAAAUCGCUGUGGCCACCCAGGGACCAAUUUCUAUUGCUAUUGAUGCAGGACACCGUAGCUUCCAAUUGUACAAGAAGGGAGUCUACUAUGACGAGGAAUGCUCGUCCGAGGAGCUCGACCACGGAGUCCUUCUCGUCGGAUACGGUACCGACCCAGAGCACGGAGACUACUGGCUCGUCAAGAACUCGUGGGGAACCGGAUGGGGAGAGAAGGGAUACAUCCGCAUCGCCCGUAACCGCAACAACCACUGUGGAGUCGCCACCAAGGCUAGCUAUCCACUUGUUUAA